GAAUCAUGGGAUGCUGGAGGCAUUGCGACCCUGCUCCCCAAAAAGUAAAGGGUCUAAGAUCCCCUGAGACCCUGGACGACUACACCCGUGCUUCACAGUUUAAGAUAAUGCUGUAAAAUCUGCGGUUUGAACGAAUUAAAGCCAAGCUCACAUCUUAAGUAAUCAUCUUCUAUAACAUGAAGAUUGCAUCUACGAAAUCUGAACUAGGACAACGAAAUAUUGCUUCAUAGAGCUUUUACAUUUACGGUAUUCCUCUAAUGCACAACCGCGCUCAGUUUGUCCUUCAUUCUUGCAAGUUAUUCUCCAUCCUCACCCCAACUCGGUGCACUGCAAGCACAGUCGAAUACCGCCAAGCCUUGGUUUGAAUACAUAUAACCUCUCCUCUCUGACGCAUUUGUAAGAGUCCGUUUAUUAAUUCAUUCGCUUGCUGUCAUUCAUGCUCCCUCUUACUUCAAAGCACAGCCCCAAAAAGUCUAAUCUAACUCCCCCCUUCACCUGUCUCUACACCUAAGGCUAACAGCAGAGACGGAUCCUCAUUUAGACCAAAAUACAUCCGAGAGCAGAUCAGUAGCGUGGCAGCUCUUAUGACGUUUUCCCUUCAACAACCAAUGAGAAGCCGUGGAACAGCAACAUGCUUGUGUUUGAAUUUGGAGGCUAGCUGAACCGAGGAAGCUCAGUAGUGGCGACGCCUUAGAAAGCGGCGCGGGCUGUUGAUAAAUAAAGACAUCCCCGGUUCCUGGGAGAAACGGAACUUGCUUCAUAUGAGAAAUACUCCCCAGACAACAUAAGUGCCCUUCAUAAUGUCUUCUACUGUUAAAGAAGAUGUCUGCAAUCAUGUGAAGGUUGUGAUCCGUGUUCGUCCCGAGAGUCAAAAAGAGAGAGAUGGCAACUUCAGGAAAGUGCUCCAAGUUGUUGAUAAGCAUAUAUUAGUCUUUGAUCCCAAAGUGGAAGAAGUCAGUUUUUUUCAUGGAAAAAAACUUCCAUACCGUGAUAUUACCAAAAGGCAAAACAAGGACCUCAAAUUUGUGUUUGAUGCUGUGCUUGAUGAGAAUUCUUCGCAACUGGAAAUCUUUGAAGACACUACCAAAACAAUGCUGGAUGGCUUUUUAAAUGGAUAUAAUUGCACAGUGCUUGCAUAUGGUGCAACUGGAGCUGGAAAAACUCAUACAAUGCUGGGCUGCCCUGAAGACCCUGGGGUGAUGUAUCGCACCAUGAUGGAGCUCUAUAAUUCCAUAGAUCAAAUGAAAGAGGAGAAGCAUUGUGCUAUUGCAGUUUCAUACCUUGAGGUCUACAAUGAGCAAAUACGUGACUUACUAGUAAGCUCAGGACCACUGGCUGUGCGGGAAGAUCCUCAAAAAGGAGUACUGGUUCAUGGAUUAACAUUACAUCAGCCGAAAUCUGCUGAGGAGAUCUUGCAAAUGUUGGACUAUGGAAACAAAAACAGAACACAACAUCCCACUGAUGUGAAUGCCUCCUCAUCUCGGUCCCAUGCUGUCUUUCAGAUCUAUUUGAGGCAACAAGAUAAGACAGCAAGUAUCAAUCAAAAUGUCCGUAUUGCCAAAAUGUGUCUCAUUGACUUGGCAGGAUCAGAACGUGCCAGCGCUACAAAGGCCAAAGGAGCUCGCUUUAGAGAAGGGGCAAAUAUUAACCGCUCAUUGCUAGCUCUUGGCAAUAUCAUUAAUGCCCUGGCAGACCCAAAGAGUAAGAAACAGCACAUUCCUUAUCGGAACAGCAAGCUGACUCGUUUACUGAAGGAUUCUCUUGGAGGAAAUUGCCGUACUAUAAUUAUAGCUGCUGUUAGUCCUUCCUCUCUGUUCUAUGAUGACACAUAUAACACCCUUAAAUAUGCCAACCGAGCCAAGGACAUCAAAUCCUCUCUGAAGAGCAAUGUUGUAAGCAUAGACAGCCAUAUAAGUCAAUAUGUUAAGAUUUGUGAAGAACAAAAGAAAGAGAUCAUAAUGCUGAAAGAGAAACUGAGAGUCUAUGAGUUGGAAAAAAUGUCUGCUCCUGAAAAUCAUGCCACUAUAUGUACAAAAGAACAGGUGGAAAUAUCAAGGUUCAGAGAAAUGUUGAAGAGUGUGUUUGCAAAUCGAGAGGAAAUCAGAAAAGAGUUUCUCAAGCUAGAACUCCGACUUAAAGAAAACACCCUUAAAACUCAUUAUCAAAAGCAUUGUCAUGAACAAAUCAAAAUGAUGUGCUCUCCAGAGAGACUGGAGAAGGCAACUGGCAAACACGAUCACCGGCUUGCAUUACUUAAAUCCCGGUGUUUGCAAAUGGAGAAGAGAAAAGAGGAGGAGACUAAACGCUUUGAGGACAACACUAACUGGUUGCAUCGAGUAGAAAACGAAAUCCGCCUCCUAGGUCGAGAUGGCCAUAUUCCUCAGGAGCUCUGCAGAGAUCUCCAGUACUAUCAUGUGAAGUUAGAACUAAAGGAUUUGAGAACUCAAACGGAAUACAUGAGGACUCUAGCAUCCCUCCAACAGCAGCAACAUAAACAGACAGAAAAAAUACUAAGUGCUUUGCUUCCAGUUCUAAGAAAGCAGCGUGUAGCUUUGAAGAAUGCAGGUUUAGCAAAUGCUGCCAUUGAGGAUGACUUCAAGGAGUUUGAGCAGCUAAUUCACAGAGAGAAAGCUGUCGUUUGGGCUGACCAGAUGAUUGAAAAAGAAAAUGAUCCACCUACAGCGUCUGCCAUCAUGGCAUUUCCGCAGCUUGUGAGCUACCAAAGUACUCCUUGCCGUACACCUUCAGAUAAAUCAGACAAAGUCAAGACACAUGUGCAACAUGAGGCAGAAUAUGAAAUACCUCCUAACAAAAGAGCAAGGCGGAAGUUGAUAGAGUCUCCCCUCACAAUACAAAGCCCUCAACAAUCCAGUCGGUCAAGCCUUAAUCAUCUGGUGGAUUCCAUCAGCAAAGCGCUCUGUCCCAUUGUUUAUACACCUGAAGUCUGCAAGAAGCCUAUAGAGAACCUUUGUUCAGAGACUGUGAUAAAGCAAGCAUUGCAUACAGCAAGCCUUCAUGAAAUGAACAGUUGUAUUGCAGAGAUUCAGGAGCCAUUAAAGCAGGACAGCCAUGGGGAUAUUGCAUGCAACGUGACUCCAGAGUGCCACAUGAACUCAACAGUUACACUUUAUGAAAGUAACACGGGCCAUACAGAUUCUGAAAACAAUUUGCAGAUGGCCAACAGAAGCGACAGUGUUUUGCAAAGACUUGGCCUUCCUUCAUUGUUAAAUAGGCAGCCUGGUCCCAUACACGGGAAGCCAUCUUAUAUGGCAAUGACAUCUGCUGCUGAGAGAAAAAGGAAAUUGUUAAGUUCAGUAUCGAGCAGUGGGUUAACAAAUCAGCAUAGUCAUACAGCUGCAAAACGUAUUAGACAAGAUAGCGUGUUAAGUAAUAAACCUUUAAGAGUCCCUAAAACCACAGGAAUUAGAACAAGAAGUUGUAAGCAACAUGAUGGGCUAAGAAAACAUCUCUAAAGUAACUGCAAGGAAAAUGUAACAAUAGACGUGAAACUCAAGUUGUCCAAAAAAAAUUUUAAAUUACCUAAGUUGAAAUAAAAUCUUACUUUUUCCAGA